AUGGCUACCAAAGUUGUACUGGGGAUUUUGCUGUGUUUGUUUGCAUUUGAGUCGGUGGUGAGCACUCAUCACGCACCGGAGAGGCACUGGUUCAGGGAAGAAGCUCAGCAAUACAGGCUGGACAGGAUUCAGGCGAGGCCACCAUCGCGUCGUAUCGAGUGGGAGGGAGGUAUCACUGAGGUUUGGGAUGAAGCUAAUGAAGAGUUUCAGUGUGCUGGAGUUGCUGCCUUUAGAAACAUCAUAAGGCCCAACUCUCUCUCUUUGCCUAAGUUCCAUAGCUCCCCAAUGCUUGCUUACAUUGAGCGAGGUGAAGGUUUCUUGGGCCUGAACUUCCCAGGGUGUAAUGUAGAGGAGUAUGAGGCACAAUCAGCACAACUUUCAAGGUCAUCGAGGCGAAUACGCGUGGACAAAGAGGAAGACAAACACCAAAAGGUUCGCAGGGUCCGUCGAGGUGACAUGAUAGUCAUCCCCGCUGGCACUGUCCAAUGGUGCUACAACGACUGUGGCCAAGACCUUGUAGUCGUUGCCUUCAUGGAUCUCAACAACGACGACAACCAACUCGACCUCCGUGUUAGGUCCUCCUACUUGGCUGGUGGAGUUCCAAGAGAAGCAAGAAGAGUAUCAAAAUCAGAUGAUUUUGUGAACAUCUUCAAUGGGUUCAAUAAGGAGUUUCUUGAAGAGGCAUACAACAUUCCAUCAGACUUGGCAAGGAAGAUGCAAGAAGAAAGAAGCGGUGGUUUGAUUGUGAAGUGUGACGAAGAAAUGUCGUUUAUGACGCCAGAGGAGGAGGAGGAAGAAUUGAGCGCCUUGCCAUUUUCAAGAAGGGAAGAGGACUCAAAUGGACUGGAAGAAACUAUUUGCACUGCUAGAGUUCAACACAACAUGAACACACAAAGAGAAGCAGAUGUAUACUCUAGAGAAGCUGGUAGAGUUAACAUUUUGAAUCAACUCAAGCUUCCUAUUCUAAGAUUCAUGGGCAUGAGUGCCGAGAAAGGACACCUUUUUCCGAACGCUCAAUACAACCUUCAUUGGUCAAUGACAGACCACAGAUUAGCAUAUGUGAUAGAAGGAGAGGCAGAAAUUGAAAUAGCCAAUGACUAUGGAAACCAAGUGUUUAAGGAGAGAGUUUCAAGAGGAAGCAUGUUUGUAAUUCCUCAAUUUUACCCUUCUUUUGCAAGAGCGGGUCCACGAGGGUUUGAAUGGAUCACUUUCAAGACCUCAAAUCAGCCAAUGAAGAGCACUGUGGCUGGCUACACAUCCUUCUUUAGAGCCUUACCACUUCAACUCUUAGAACAAUCAUUCCAAAUUACAGCAGCUGAGGCUCAGCAACUUAAACAAACAAGAAGCCAACACACUUUCCUUUUUCCUCCUUCAACUAGCACUAGGAGAUUUCCUUAGAAAAGAACAAUGAAAAGAAAGUCUUUUUUUCAAUGAUAGGGAGAAGAGAGAAUGUCAAUAAAGAAAAAUAUUAUCAAUAAAGAGAAGUCGAUCUUUCACGAGCA